UGACACAUAACACACAACACAGUAACUUCAGUAUCAGCAACCUUAAAAAAAUGACAUAGAGUUAAGAUUAGAUGAGUGGACAACUUCUCACGUUAGGGUUUGCUUUUCUUCAAUUGUGUUCUUUCCUCUGACUCUUCUCUUCUCUUCUCUUCUACAACACGCAUCUCUUUCUAUUUUCCAAGAUCUCUCUCAAACCCUUCUAUACGCUGUCGUUUUGAUCCCCAAUUUCACUCAAACCCUAAAAAUCAAAAAUCGUUUUUUUAUUUAUUUAUUUUGGGAAAUAAUGGAUGAAGCUGGUGAGAGCGGAGAUCCUAUGGAUCAGUUUCAUCGUAACGAAGCUAUAUCCGCUGUAGCUGACGAAGAAGAUGAUGAUUACGAAGAUCUUUACAACGAUGUUAAUGUUGGUGAGGGUUUUCUUCAAUCGUUACGCAAAAACGAAGAUUCAGGUGUUAGAAAUGAUGUUGCUGAUGAUAAGAAGGUUCAAUCGGGUUCUGUUGUUCAGGAUCCGAGUGGGGUUUCGAUGAUACCUGGUGUCGGUGGUGAUGGAGCUACCGGUACUGUUGUUGGUGGUGAUGAAUCUAGGGUUUCUGGGUUUCAGAAUCAAGGGUUUAGAGGUAGUAAUUCUGGAGUUGGAUCGGGGAUUGGUGGUGGUGGUGGUGGGAUUAGGGUUGAGUUAGGUCAAGCAUCUGGGAAAUUGAGUGAAAUUGAAAACCAAAGGGGUAAUGAUGGUGUUGGUGUGCAGCAGGGGAUUGGACUGCAGCAGCAACAACAACAACAGCAGCAACAACAUGGUGGUGGUGUUGGAAAUGAAGGUUUGGUGAGACAAGUUCAACAAGGUGUUGUUGUUGGAGGGGGUAAUAUUAAUAGGGUUGGAGGAAAUGGAGCUGGAAAUAAUGUGAUUGCUAUAAAUAGUGUUAAUCCUGGAGGAGGUGAAGGUGUAGGUGGUGUUGGUGGUGGAGGAGGAGGUGGAAGUACUGUAUUAUUUGUGGGUGAUUUGCACUGGUGGACUACUGAUGCUGAGCUGGAGGCUGAGCUUUGCAAGUAUGGACAAGUGAAGGAGGUGAGGUUUUUUGAUGAGAAAGCUAGUGGGAAAUCCAAAGGGUAUUGUCAGGUUGAAUUUUAUGAAGCAUAUGCUGCUACUACUUGUAAGGAGGGGAUGAAUGGUCAUUUGUUUAAUGGGAGGCCGUGUGUUGUUGCUUUUGCGUCGCCUUUUACUGUUAAGAAAAUGGGAGAGGCUCAGAAUAAUAGGAAUCAGCAGGUGAAUCAAACUGCUGGAGGCGGGGUUAACCCGGGAAGGAGGGGGCCUCCUGAUGUGGGGGCUAAGCCUGGUGGUAGUAAUAUUGCGACAGGUGGUAACUAUCAAGGUGGAGAGGGGAAUAAUAAUAAUAAUAAUAGAGGUUAUGGAAGAGGUAAUUGGGGGAGAGGGAAUAAUCCUGGGAUGGGCAAUAGAGGACCUGUUAAUCCGAUGAGGAAUAGGGGUGGUGGGAUGGGUGGUAGAGGUAUAAUGGGUAAUGGUGGAAAUGGAUUUGGACAGGGUAUUGGUGCUGCACCGCCGAUGAUGCAUCCUCAGUCAAUGAUGAAUCAGGGUUUUGAUCCUGGAUUUGGUGGUCCCAUGGGUAGAAUGGGAAAUUUUGGAGGCUAUCCCGGUGGUCCGGCGCCUCCGUUCUCGGGAAUUUUGCCCUCAUUUCCUGGUGUUGGAGGUGUUGGUUUGCCUGGAGUAGCACCUCAUGUUAAUCCGGCCUUUUUUGGAAGAGGGAUGCCUGUGAAUGGAAUGGGGAUGAUGCCAACAUCGGGUAUGGACGGUCCUAAUAUGGGAAUGUGGCCGGAUCCAAAUAUGGGCGGAUGGGGUGGUGAGGAACCUGGUGGUGGCAGGGCUGCUGAGUCAAGUUAUGGGGAGGAAGCUGCAUCAGAGCAUCAGUAUGGUGAGGUUAGUCAUGAUAGACCUGGGUGGCAGAAUAAUAUGAGGGAAAAAGAUAGAGGAUCCGAAAGGGACUGGUCCGGUUCUUCUGAGCGAAGGUAUAGGGAUGAUAGAGAUCAAGGUUAUGAGAGAGAUGCACCUAGAGAAAAAGAUGCUGGACAUGAUCCUGAAUGGCCAGAAAGAAAGCAUCGUGAUGAUAGAGAGGUGGUUCGUGAACGGUCUCGUGACCGUGGUCGGGAAAAGUCUCGAGAUCGUGAGCGUGAGCGUGAAAGGGGGGAUCGUGAUCGUGAGAGGGAAAGAUACAGGGAAGAUAGAGGGGACAGAUAUGCUGAUCAUCAUAGGUACAGAGACCGUGAACCAGAGCAUGAGGAGGAGUGGGAGCGGGGGCGAUCAUCCAGGACUCACAGCAAAUCACGAUUAUCACAGGACGAGGAACACCAUUCUAGGUCAAAGGAUGCUGAUUAUGGAAAGAGGAGGCGUUUGACCUCUGAGUAAUACUUUCCCUUGAGGAAGGGAAGAAUAGUUACUGAAAAAUCAGGAUUUGUCAUGGUUGUUUGGGUUUUCUCUUGGUGCUCCUCUGACCCCAGAAGUUGUUGAGCAGCUGUUUUAUUUCAUUCACUUGUUCUAGUUGCAACUUAUCAGGAGUGUGGUUUUGCUCUCCUGUGGAAAUUGGGACAUUUGUUUGAGUAAGGAAACUGUUCAAUCAAACCACUCGGUUGCUUUGGGAUCAAGUGCCAUCAAUAUUGGAAAGCCAAGUCAUGACAAUCCUUUUUCUUACAUUGAGAAGUGGAACUUUUGCUAUGAAGAUAUUCACUUAUGAUUUGAAUUUAUGUUUUUAUUAGCUCUUGAUUAAACCAAUGUUGUUGAUGUAAUGGGCUUAACUUGUUGAGAAGUCUGAAUGUUGCAGACUAUUUAGAACUUAAUUGUUUGAAUGAUGUACUAGGAUUUAGCAGAGGAUGUUGAUUAUGUGCCGUUUUUUUAUUGGCUCUUUGUUGUAUCAUAUUUUCCCACAUUCCAAUUUUUUGUUUUCUCCCUAACAAUUAGUUAGUAUACCAUACCGGUUGAGCAUGCCAAUUUUGUGUAUAAUGUAGAGAGCUAACCAUUCAAUUACUGUAAUCAUUCUAAGCUGGAGAAUUGUAUAUAUCACUUUUUCAUGUAUAUAUUGAUAUGUACUUUUCUGAUUACA